GCCCCCGGGGCCCCACUGGCCGGGCCCUCCCCAGCAGUUCGAGUCUCUUGCGACGGGCCGGCACCGCUCCCAGGACCACCGCCUCCCGUCUGAGGUGCCCGCAGCUCUCCCAGUACUGCUCCCCGGAACUUUCGAGCUCGUCUCUGCGCUCCCAAGAGCCCUCCCCGAGCUCGGACAGCUGCUCGGGCUGCUGCAGCAGCCGGCGUGGGCUCCCCUCCCCCCGUUCCUGCACCCCGGUGCGGGCCUCCCCCCGCUCCUGCACUGCGGGGCUACCUUCCCCUUUCUCCUGGUGCUGCUUGCGGGGCCCAAGCCCCUCCUCCUGCACCACCGGCCAGCCCGCGGAGCCGGUCCACGGCGGCGGGCGCCUCCAGUCCGCGCCGUCCGGCGGCCCCCACACCACCCCCAGACUGGGCUCGUGGCCCCGGCCACCCCGCUCCUGCACCCCGGGGCCCACCCCGCCCUCCUCCUGCACCGCCGGCCCCACGCCCCCCUGCUCCUCCACGCCGAGCUUCAGCCCGCGGAGCUGCUGCGGGCCCCAGCUGAGAACCCCGACCCGCUGCGGCUGCUGCUCCGGCAGCCCUGGGCUGAGCCCGCCGCGCUCUUCCUGCACAACUCCCCGCCUGGGGCCCCCAGCCGGCACUGCCCAACGCACUCGCCUGCCCCCCAGAGGCCGCGCGGUCCCGCCCCUCCAGAUGUCCCGGUCCGGCCCGCCCUCGCUCCUGGGCUUCGAGGUCCGCCCGCCGGGCGCCGCGCCCUGCGCCGGCCCCCGCAGGUGCUGCGGCCCAGCGCGCCGGCCCGAGAGCCAGGAGCGCCCACCCUCCCGCCGGAGUUCCUGGAGCCCGCCUGCGCCUGCGCCGCCCCAGGGGGCGGGGCCCGGCGGGAUUAA